AUGAGAGGUAACGAUGGAUUUUAUACACGUAAUGCGGAAGAAGCUCCUGAUCAUGUUAGAUUUAAAGGCAAGGUUAAAUUUGCCGACAAAACUUUAGUGUGGUGUGCCAUUUCGGAAGCUGAUGUUUCACAGCCACAUGUUGAACGUGUUCGCGGUGAAGCUAUCAAUGCGGAGAUUUACAUUGAGAGAUGUCUUUCAAAACUUCGUAACUCUAUACAUACUCAUCAUCCCAAUGAUGAAGUUAUAUUUUGGCCCGAUCUAGCAUCGUGCCAUUACGCCAGGAGAACGACAGACUGGUUAACUGCUCAAAAUAUAAAUUUUGUUCCUAAGCGCGACAACCCUCCAAAUGUGCCUCAGGCGAGGCCUAUAGAAGAGUUUUGGGCCCUUUUAAGUCAAAAAGUAUAUGAUAAUGGAUGGGAAGCCCAAAAUGAGGAGCAGUUAAGACGAAGAAUACUGCAAAAAAAUUCGUGA